CAUGUUCUCUAUUUGGUUGACCAGGUAAGGCAUAACCCAUGCUAUGAUGCCUUGCUCUCUGACGUAUGCAUUGGAACCUCAGCAGCACCAACUUUUCUCCCAGCUCAUUAUUUUGAAACCAAGGACGAAUUUGGACAAACUAGAGAAUUUAACCUCAUAGAUGGUGGCAUGGCUGCAAAUAAUCCGACUUUACUUGCUGUUUGUGAAGUAACAAACCAAAUAAAGAAGGCGAAUCCGGACUUCUUUCCUGUGAAACCAGUGGACUAUGGACGAUUUCUGGUGAUAUCAUUAGGAACUGGCACAUCAAAAGCUGAACUGAAAUACAAUGCACAUACUGCAGCCAAAUGGGGCCUCUUGAACUGGUUAACCAGCGGUGGCACCACCCCAAUCAUCAAUGUGUUCAGUCAAGCAAGUGCCGAUAUGGUUGAUCUUCACCUUUCUGGAGUUUUCCAAUCCCUCCACUCAGAGGAUUACUAUCUUCGAAUUCAGGAUGACACGCUUCAUGGGACGGUGUCUUCUGUGGAUGUAGCCACAAAGAAGAACUUGGCCCGUCUUGUCACAGUUGGAGAAGGCCUAUUGAAAGAACGAGUUUCCAGGGUUAAUUUGGACAGUGGCAGGUUUGAGGCUUCU